GUUUCCCCAAGCUCCCUCCUCCUGUGUGUGAGCCCCAUGGCAGGCAGGGGACUGGCAGGCCGGUGUCGGGUGAGCAUGCAGGAGCACAUGGCCAUUGACGUGAGCCCUGGGCCCAUCCGGCCCAUCCACCUCAUUUCCCACUACUUCCCGCACUUCUCGCCCUUCGUGGAGCCCGCCCUGGGCAUCCCAGCCCCACACCUUGCAGCAGCCUCCACCAACCAUCCUGCACCUCAGCCACAGCCCGACCCGGAGCCAGAAGAAGACUCAGACGACAGCACUGCCCUUGGCACCCUCGAGUUCACACUGCUUUUUGAUGUGGACAACAGCGCCCUGCACUGCACGGCUCACCGUGCCAAGGGCCUCAAGCCACGAGCCUCAAGCUCUGUGGACACCUAUGUCAAGGCAAACCUGUUGCCAGGGGCCAGCAAGGCCAGCCAGCUCCGGACACGCACGGUGCGGGGCACACGGGGUCCCGUCUGGGAGGAGACGCUCACCUACCACGGCUUCACCUGCCAGGACGCGGGGUGCAAGACCCUGCGGCUGUGUGUGUGCGAGGACCCCCGCCUGCGGCCCCGGCGCCGGGCUCCUCCACUCGGGGAGUUGCGGGUGCCCCUGAGGAAGCUGGCACCAAACCGAGCCUGCAGCUUCAAUGUCUGCCUGGAGAAGUGUAGGCUGACCAAGAGACCCAAGAGUGUGGACGCUGCCCGAGGCAUGUCGCUGUAUGAAGCGGUGGAGGUGGAGGUGGCCUGGGAGGAGCGUGGCCGCAUUCUCCUCUCCCUGUGCUACAGCUCACAGCGGGGCGGCCUGCUGGUGGGCGUGCUGCGCUGUACCCACCUAGCCCCCAUGGACACCAAUGGUUACUCGGAUCCCUUCGUCCGCCUCCUCCUGCACCCAAACGCGGGGAAGAAGUCCAAACACAAGACCAGUGUGCGCAGGAAGACCCUGAACCCCGAGUUCAAUGAGGAGUUCUUCUACGCUGGCCCCCGGGAGGAGCUGCUGCAGAAGGCGCUCCUGGUGACGGUGUGGGACUACGACCUGGGCACAGCGGACGACUUCAUAGGUGGGGUGCAGCUGAGCAGCCGGGCUGGCGGGGAGCGCCUGCAGCACUGGCACGAAUGCCUGGGCCGCAAUGAUCACCGGCUGGAGCUGUGGCACCCACUGGAUGGCACGCCACCCCAGCUUGGCAACUAACCUCAGACUAGCCCUGCUCCCCAGGGGCCCUCGUGGCCAGGCUGGCACCCUCAGCUGCCUCACCUUGACCCCAGCCCC